AUGGGGGAAGCACUGCAUUAUGACUGGUUCGCUAGCCCGACAAAUAAUCGGGACUCAGGUUUACUCCCUCAGGCUACUCGGCCUAUUUCAGGGCGUGGCUUGCCAGUAGUAGAGGUGCAUUGGAAGCGUUCCACAGCGCUAAAGCUGCUAGUUUACUCCACCAUCGUCCUUUUGGUGGCUCUCUGCGGUCGACGUCUAUUACAGCACCCAUCGAAACAUGGGCGGAGGAUUGCGGAUGUCGACUGGGGUGGCGACUCUUCCUCGCUCUCGGACGAUGAUGAAAACAAUCCAUGUGGAGACCUGAGAAUUGAUGACCGUCAAACAUCACCCGGCGUCCACGACGAGUCUCCUCCACAGUCAGACGCAGCGAGCACUCAAGCACCAGGAACCGGAGCGGCAGAGGAAGGCGUCAGCAUCAGCUGUGAAGACGAAUCAUCUGGCGAUGCUGCGGCAGCAGCUCCAGAAGCAGCAGCAGAUGACGAGGAUGAUGACUCCAACAGCAACUGCAGCACUCCUAUUUAUGACAUUGUAUGUAGUGGUCAAGGUAGGACCAGCAACGAUGGCGAUAGCAAAGUCGCCGAGUCACACGAUGCUCCGGCAGCUCCUGGAAGGGAAUCCGUGAAAAGUAAAAUGGGUAGGCUUAGGCGUGCGAAAUGGAUGCGGCCGCUGGCUGGCUUCUUGGAAUCUGCUGGCAAGAAAAUAUCUAGCUUAGCAGCUCCAGAAGCAGCAGCAGAUGACGAGGACGAUGACUCCAACAGCAACUGCGGCACUCCUGUUUAUGACAUUGUAUGUAGUGGUCAAGGUAGGACGAGCAGCGAUGGCGAUAGCAAAAUCGCCGCGCCACACGAUGCUCCAGCAGCUCCUGGAAGGGAAUCUAUGAAACGUAAAAUGGAUAGGCUUAGGCGUGCGAGAUGGAUGGGGCCGGUGGCUGGCUUCUUGGAAUCUGCUGGCAAGAAAAUAUCUAGCUUAGCACCAAAGUCUGCUGUGGCAGCAAGCCCAGCAGCAGGAGGAGUAGCAGGUGAGACUGCUGCCAGCAGCUCAGAAGCAUCUCAAUCUGGGGACACGUGGAGUUUUAACGCGAAGUUGGCCGUAGGCGAUUCGAGGUCGCCCCACUACAAAGAUUUGCGAAAACCUUAUGACUUCCCGCAUCUCAAAGCAGAAAACUAUACCGAGCUACGAAGAGAGCUACUGAAGCUUGCAGAAUCCAUCGGUGACCUCUGCUCUCCCCAUACCGAACCAUUUCAAGCUACGGUCAAGGCGGACUGCGAUAUAAGCGGCGUUGGGAGAGUGACCUUGUAUCUUCAGAUUGUGGAGGAAGAUAUGAAAUUUCAAAGGUCCUUACGCAAAUUGAGGGGGAGAAUAAUUUCAGAUAAUCCGUUUAGCAGACGGUUUCCUGAAAGGUUUACCCGCGAUUUGUUGGCCCUAGCGGAAGAGCUGAGCGUCACGGUUUCAGAUCGUGCGCAAAAGACAAAACUGCCCACCGGCCGGACAGAAUUUUAUUCUACAUCGCUAAAGAAGCCAGCUGCUGCAGCCUGCACAGGCAAAGUUUCUUUGAAGAUAUUUGGGAUCAAAGCAGAUGCGGAGGAUAUCGCCGACCGCGACGGUGAACAAGGGGAGCCGAAAACAGAUGCACCAAUUCAACCAGGCAAUCGUGCCAGUGGCUCUUCUGCGGAUGAGCUCGUUGACCCAGUGCGAACUGUUCAGGCGACAGUUGGAGACGCUGCAGCAGCAGCUGCUUCAGAUGUAGCAACUGCAGGAACCAGCGGAGGCACCAGGAGUGAAGCGUCGGAAGCGGCAGGCUCUCCUAAAGGAGCGCAUGAAGCCUUGCAUGGAAGCAAUUCUGAUAUCUCAUUACGGGGACGACCGUAG